AUGGCUGCGUCCGAAUGCGGUUGUUUUAAGACGUCAUGUAACGAAGAUGGGCUCCUCGAAGUCUUGCAUAAGCUUGAAGAAGCAACUGCUAGCCUGGGGGUGACACAACUUCUGAGAACUAGGGGACUUUCACCCCCACGCCCGGCCCUAGUACCAAUAUGGAGGGAAUUUCAGUCCCAUACGGGCAAUUUCGAGUCCCACUGGCAAAAAACCAAGCAUUUCAAGACAUACACUCACCACCGAUCAUCAUCAUCCGAUGACACCACCAGUAGUAAUUCAUCGCUUGAAGACGAGCUUCGUGUACUUCCAGAGCCCCCUGCUGGCAUCAUGCGUAACCUGUCUCGACUUGUGACUCGUGCACAAAGACAGUUCAAGCCUUAUGACCCAUGCCAGGGUCAUGCGCCUAACGCAAUAGAGCUCCGUUUUGUUCACAGGUCACUUGGAAAAUAUUCUGGUGAGACUGAUAUGAAUCUGUCCGACGUCCAAGAGGGCAAAGAAAUAUUUGAAUGUGGCUUGAGAGGCAUGUCGCAAAAGACUAUCACUCAGGCUAUUGUCGCGAAGCAAGCUACUCGUGAAUCCAUGCGCUUGCGUGUGCUGACAACAGCCUGGGAGAUUGAGUCAAAUUUACAACGCAUGAAGCUUCUUGAAUGUAUUCUCAAGCAAAAUGCUCUAGAAUAUGGCCGCAGCAUCGUGGAAGCUUCAUAUUUCCAAAGACAUUUGGUCGGAGGCAACCGGCAGGAACUCGAAGCCAGUGUUGACUUCAAUGUUGGCCUGCAUAGUCAUGAUCUUGCGACAUUCGCUGUUGCUGACGUACAGCUGGACCACAUUGAGGGACUUGCGCGGACGUUGUGUCUGCCAGAGGAAGAUCCCCCUCAGGUUGUGAAGGGGCAGUCCACCAGCUCCGAUCCCUAG